UAAGCGUGGAGAUUGUGUAGUUUUACGAUUUUUUGUGUAAGUGUUUUGAAGUAACCUUCGGUAAUUUUUUUUUCCGACCACCUAAGUAACGAUGCAUUUUAAUUAUUAACCAUAUAAAUGUUGUGACUUCCGUUGCCUGUGCCGUGUAAUAUUCCAAGUAAACAACAGGCCCGGGCUUUUGAAUACCUUAAAUUAUGGCGUCGAACGAUGAUGGAAGUACAGACGACGAAAAUAAAGUUUUUUUUAGGAAUGAAGCUCUGUAUGAAUCCUUUCCAAAUUGCACUACAUGCCCUGUUUGUUUUUCAACAUGUUCCAGGUGCACUUGCAGUGAAGCCAAGAAUUCCUUUCAUGAAGCAAUUUCAAAUGACACAACUAGAAACUUGACAGAAGGCAACUUAGACUCAUUACGAAAUGGCCAAAGGAGUCCUAAUUUUGAAGAAAAACCUGUUGUAAGCGAAUUAAAUGGAGUAUAUAAUGCAAAUAAUAAAUUUUUACAUGGUCUUCAAAAAACAUCGGAGGUUUAUCAUUCCAAAAAUUGUAUGGUAAACCAUAAUUCAAAUGAAUCGGAAACGAAUCAUACUAAUAUUGUUGAUUCGGUUCAAAGCGAUGAUAGUGUGAAAGAAGUAAAUUUCUAUGAAGAUAAAUUGUGUUUCAAAUCAAAUCAAAACAGUGAGAAUUUCUAUGAUGUGGUCAAAAGUGAUGUCACAGUUAAAAAUUUUAGUGAGGAUAAUAAAAGUGAUAAUUGUGACAUUAAAUCAGAAGAUAUAUUAAAUACAACGGAUAAUAAAGAAAAUUAUGCUAAUGACAGGUGUAACAUAAAAGAGACUGACGUAUUUUCAAAAACACAAAUGUAUUCUAAUAAUUUAUUUUCUGCUAGUAAUCCUGAAAACGUGAACCCCCAACAAUCCCCUAAUGAUUAUAUUUCUACUUCAAUGUCUCGUUCUAAAACAGGCUGUGAUUCAACUUGCAAUAUUGGUGCUGUGAAAAGUCCAAUUGAUAGUCCUAGUGAUUCUGAAAAUCGAGAAUUGUCACCAGACAGUGGCCUUCAAAAUUCAAACAUGAAUAACAAUAAUAUAAAAAUUGCAUCUACAGUCGAUGAACUAUCUAACACGGAUCACAUUAGUAAUAAGAAACCAAAGAAGAAAACUUGUUCCCAUUUAGUGGAACAAUUAGAUUAUGACCUUCUGAAAGGUAAGAAAGGCAUCGAUCUUUUGACAGCUAUAGAAGAACAAUCAAAUGUCAAUUUAAAAAACUUGGAGAGGCAUACGUCUACCUCGGGUGAAUCGGGACAUUUAAGUUCUAAAGAGGCACCAUGCUCGCCAAGGAAAGGCAGAACCCGAUCUGUUGAUGUUGCCGCUAAGCCUAGUAGAGGGUUUAAAAGAGCUCAUUCUGCAGAUGGUGAUCACGCAGACAUUAAAUUAAGAAAGAUCGAUUUUAAACAAUAUAAAAAAGAAAGGAAGUCUAGUUCGUCUAGUAAAUUAUCUAAGCAUAAGGAGGAUCAGAAGCAUAGUUUUAGUAAAAGUAAGCACGAUUCUAAAAGUAGAAAUUCGUGGAAAAGAAACGGCCAUUCAACUUCCAACAAGGAUAGACAUUCUAGCUACAGAGGAGACUGCAAACCAAGGAUUUUAACGAAUGGCAAUUACAGUUACCCACCAGAUGACAAAUCAUUGAAGUAUCGUCGUUUUUAUCACAUUGAAACUCAUACAAAUGGUGGCGCAAAGAUUCUAAGAAUGUACCAUGAUGAAAUAAAACAUUUAAGUUCAAACGAAACUAAAGAACUUGCUCUAGAGUUUUUUAAAUUAGCCUUCGAGGAAGAUAAAGAUGGUCGUGCUAUAUUUGUACUAGCAGUUGUGCAUGGUUCGGCAACAUAUCUUCCAGAUAUUUUGAAGUAUAUGGCAGAAAAUUACCCAACAUUAACGGUUAAAAAUGGCCUACUUAGUAAAAGCUCUGAUAUCGAAACGACAACACUAGCGAACUAUAACGAACAUGUCUGUAAACAUUACGAAGCUGGCACCGUACGUUACGGACCUUUACAUCAAAUUAGUAUUGUAGGAACUGCCCACGAGGAAGUUGGUGGAUAUUUUCCAGAUUUACUGUCUCUGUUGGAAGAAAAUCAGUUUUUAGAACUGACUAUGCCUUGGGGUCCAUUGUCGAUAUGUGAUCAAAUGAAACCGACGGAGAGUAACGAUGGCCCGAUUAUUUGGUGUAGGCCUGGGGAACAACUAGUUCCAACAGCAGAUUCGAAAACACCAAAUAAAAGGAAACGAACUGGGAUAAAUGAAUUGCGGAAUCUGCAGUAUCUGCCUAGGAUGUCCGAAGCAAGGGAGCACCUGUUUGAAGAUAGGACUAAAGCCCACGCAGAUCAUGUCGGUGCGGGACUUGAUCGUAAGACUACAGCAGCUGUGGGAAUUUUGAAAGCAAUACAUGGAGGGAAAAACGAGGGGUCAAUUAAUAGGAUAACAAAGGACGUCGUCGCUUUUUCAGCAAAAUAUUUUGAUGUAUUAGCGGAAAAAUUACAACUUGAUCUCCAUGAACCUCCAAUUUCUCAAUGUGUCACGUGGAUUGAGGAUGCCAAGUUGAAUCAAUUGAGAAGAGAAGGCAUUGAAUACGCCAGAGUAAAUUUGUAUGAUAACGAUAUAUACUUUCUUCCAAGGAAUAUCAUACACCAGUUUCGAACUGUAACAGCUGUUACUAGCAUCGCUUGGCACGUUCGUUUACGUCAGUACUACAAUUUCGAGGAGAGCGAAGACAAAGAAAAGUGUACUGACGAGCCACAUAAGUCUGUUGUACAUAAAUCACAUAAGACGCCUUUGAAAUCCUCCAAUCAUGAUUCAAAAGCAGUUGAGAAAGUGAAAUAUAAAAUAGAUUUUGACAAGUUAAACUCUUCCUCUUCCUCUGAAAAAAUAAGAAGUCACGAUGACAAGGAUAAGUACAAACAAAGAGAUAAGGAUAAAGAAAAAUCUAAAUACAAGGAUAAACAUCACAAAGACAAACAUAGAGAUAAAUCAAAAAGUGACAAAGAUCGCCAUGAGCACAGAAGUAAAGACAAGCAUCGUGACAGAGACAGACAUCACCACAAUUCACACAGACACAGAGAUAAGAAAGACUCAUCACACCACGAUCGUAAAAGUAGUGACAAGCACAAACACAGCAGUGAUAAAAAACACCAAUCUUCAUCGGCGAAAGAAAAAACUGAAUCGAAAUCGAACACAAACUUCUCCAAUAGUGGUAGUAGUACGUCAAUUAAAACUUCCCUUAGUGACUCGACAACCUCUACAAAUCCCUUACCUACAAGUCAGUCCCCGCUUGAAGCAACGCCUCUUUCAUCGUUAAAUGAAGAAUCGCCUGUUAAAAGUGUUACUAGUGACUCUUUCAGCAGUUCUCCUACGAAAACUUCCACCGAUUCAACACCGGCUACGCCAGGAAAGAAGCACAAAGAUCGACCUCACAAGGUAAAAAUACAAAAGCCCAAAUCUACUGAUAUACUAGGAGACAUCUUAAAAGAUAUGAAUAAAUGUGAUCCGCACAUUUAAUAUUAAGCUACAGCUCGGCAAAGGAGUAGAGAUCUUUGAAGUGCCUCCGAGGUGUUUUACUCCUUCGUCGAACUGUUCUAUCGUGGUGACUAAUGCAGUGUUCAUGUCAUUGUAAAUAAACUUACAGCAUAUAUUUCUCUAGACUUAUACUGUGCGAUGCAGCUUGUCUAAGAUCUAUACGUCACAGUGUUCUCUUCAAAAGAAAGAAAUUCGACCACAGAUUUCUUAUCUAAUAAAAGGUUUGAUGUCUUGAUAUUCAGUUGGAAACAUUUACAUGUUUUUAAUAUAUUGUUUUGGUUUUUAGUUAAUUGUAAGAUUUUAUCGUAUGAAGAGAAUCUGUAUGAUCUUAAAUAAGACACAUAAUACAUGUGUUCUUGAAGGACUAGCUGAAUAAUAUCGGUUACAUAAUAAUAAUGUAAUUUUGAGGGUUUAGUUAGUUUUUCAAUGGUGCGCUACGAAUAUAAAAUUAUUUUUGAUUUAGAAUCUCUUUCUAAAUUAAUAUUAACAUAUAUAUUUAUUAACUUGUAUUAUAGUUUUAAAGAAUCUAUAGAGUUUUUGUAUGUAAAUAGUUUUUUAUUGUCAAAUAAUAUUUUAUGAGAAUUUUAAUACUUUGACAUUAAUCGCUUAUUUAUGUAGAAUUGUUUAUUUAUGCCAAUUUGCCAUCGGUUCAGAUGCUAUUUGCAAACCAGAAGGUUUAAAAUUUUCUUGUGCAAUUUUUUCUGGUCCGAAAUAUAAAACUAAGCAUUAGCUAUUUUUAUUUAUAAUAAUUUGUAUUUAAUAUUUGUAAUUAUUUUUUUUAUAGAGGAAUAUGCGUACAUAAAUAUUCCAAAUUUUUUAAUGAAGGCAACUAAUAUAUAAUUUUUCUUAAUAAAAAAUGGUGUGAUAAUGUGAAUAAACCAAAAAUCUUAAUGGUAAAUAUAAGAUUUUUUUCAUGAGGGGUGGUAAAAAUUUUAUUAUAGGUAUGUGUAAUACAUUUCCGAGCAACUGAAACUUGGGGAAUUUAUUGUAAUAUCUGUAUAAAAUGCAAUUAGUGAAAAAAUUACACUAUCUUCAAAUUUAAAAUUGACCUCGAGUAAAUAGUAAUUCAGACAUUUAAAUUUGCUGAAUAUUUUCAUGGGUUGGUUGCCACGUUGUCGGUUAGGCUUCUUGACGUUUUAAGAGACAGUUUUUUUAAUAUCUCCUUAAUGUUUACAACUUGCUAUAAUUCUGUUAACCAGCCGAGCCAACUGUCCAAUCAAUCUGUGUCACAUGUUGCAAGAGAGCCUUUGUUUAUCGUAAGUCUACUUUUUACUUCACUAGGCUGUAAUUUUGGAACUGGACGUAAUAGGAACACCAACUAUAUAGUAAUAAAAGUACAAAUACUGAUUUUAAUGGCUAGUUUUAAUUGGUAGCAAAAAGCAUCUGCCAUAACGUAGUAUAUCUGAUCGGUAUAUGUGACUUAAAGAUAAAAUUCUUAUAACAUCGAUUUCGUUACUUAAUGGUGUUUUUAGAGUUUUUAAUUUCCCAUCAUUCGGAUCUCAAGUUAGAAUAGAAAUUUUGAUUUCGCUUUGAAUGUUUAUUUUUUUAAUUAGGAGUCCAGUGUGAUUGGUAUAUAUAAAAAUUGUAAAUAUGUAUAGGUAGAAUAUUGUACAGUUUUUUACAUAGUAAAAACCUUAACACGUUGUUGUAUAUAGUUAUAUUUAAAAAAAAUUAUAUAAUAAUGUUAGAAUGUUUUCAGUAACAACUAAUAUUUUUUCAUGUCACAUACCAAAAUUUGUUUCUUUUCUACCUCUUAAGAAUUAUUUUCCAAUUGCAUUAAAUUCUAUUAAGGGGAACCACAUUAGUAAGCUGAUUUUUAGGCGUUUUUCAUAAAUUAGUUUGAGUGAGACAAAUUGAUUAGCAUUUGAUCAAACUUUGAUACUAUUUUAUCAAUAUUUUGAACUACACUUCCAAAUUCAUUUGUGUUGAAAAUGCCGAAAUUACGGGCCGUUGUCCACCGAAUGUCGUCCGAUUUCGUUCACGGGAAAUGUAGAAAUCGCAAUUUUGAUAUGAAAGCAAAAUGAUUGUUUUCCUGCAUUUUUAACAUGUUUUCUAAGAAUAUGAACCUCAUUGUGGAUAAAAAUUGCAAAAAUUGAAGUUUUGACACCUGUUUAAAGAAUGUAUCGAAUUUCACCAUUUUUUUUCGCUUAUUUUGAAAAAAUCACCUUUAAAAUUAUAUCAUUCCAAUUAUUGGUUCGUGUUCUUUGUAAUUUCAUAAAGAAACACGCUUUCAAUUUUCAUAACGAUCGGUUUGUAACUUUUUUGAGCUACAGUUCCCGUGAAUCAAAAAAUUGUUGUCUCAAGAAAAACUGGAAAUUUGUUAUCAAUAAUAUAGAGUGCUCGCUGAUCAAUCAGAGAUUCCAGGAAAAUAUAAAAGUCCUUUUCUUCCUCAUAGGCAUCAUUCUGAGCUUGCAUCUGUUAUUUUCUUGCUUAACAAGUGACUACCUGAACAAGCGUUCCACGCUACUUGCAAGGCGCCUGAGCGGUGAUCUGAUGGGCGUUCGGUUUUAUUCUCGUAAAAUCGGAACAUUGGAAUUUUAUUUUGAAAUUUAGGCAGCGUAUGGAAUAAUUAUACUAACAAUGUAUGCAAUGAAGAAAUCCGAUAUUCUGAACAUCCUAAUGUGGUUUUCCCUCGUAAACACACGGCAUAAGUGCAGAUAUUGUUAUUGUGCUUUUUACAGAUUUCAAAGUAGUACAAUUAAUCAGAAACAUAAUUGAUGUUGAAAAUGUAAAAAAUUCUACUUUAAAACUACAUUUUCCAUGGCAAAAUUAUAACUGUUGGAGAAAAUUAUAGAAAUAAGAUUUGUAGUAUUUGUCUAUUUUGGCUACAAAUUUUUGAAAGAAAAACCUUACCAGUUGGGAAAAUUGGAAAUCGUAGUAAGUGAACUGGUCGUGAAAGGUUUUAAAGAAGCACAAUAACUAAUUUUAUGUCGGUGUGGAUGAAAAAAUUUUCGUAACUGAAAAAGUUUACUUUUCUCUUUUGCUGAGAUGGUAAUAAUACAUUUUCUUUCAUAUACUUCACACUGCAACAAAUAACACCACCUUAAUUGAUAUGCAUAUAUUUGCUAUAAGUGUAUAAUUAAUUACCCGAUUUUUAAUUUAUUAUUAAUUUAAGAGAUUUAUUCAACACCUUUUUUGUAUGUAUUUGUACACAAUGCCCAAAAAUAUAUAUUUAUGUAUUUUCUUAUCUUGCAUACCUAUUUGUAAAGUUCCUUCAAUGCAGACUGAGUGUCAAAAUUACACAAUUUUUUUUAGAAAAAAUAACUGCAUUAAAGGUGUCUAGUAUUUUAUGAUGUGAUACUUUUGUAUAUUAGACAGGCAAAUUAUUUCUAUUUGAAACUAUUUCUUUAAAAAUACACAUCAAUAUUUAUAUAAUCAUAAUAUUACAACAAUUUAGUCUCAUAGUUAAGGUUACGGUUAGUUAAUCUUAUUCAUUAUAUAUUUUUAUCUUACAUCACUUUUUUUUACAUUCCAAGCAGUAUUCUUCAUUUCUGAAA